CACCAAAAAUGUGGAGAUGAGUGAGUUUGAAACUCAUUAUGCUCAGUGCUCAAAGCCUCGGAAUGCCUUCGAGGUUUUAAUGUGUAAAUCAAAAAUAAGGUGUGACUUAUGCUCUACCUUAGUUCAUAAUUAUGAAUUUGACGAGCACUAUCAAAAUUGUAAUGGACCUAUAAAUGCCUUCAAUGUUUUAAUGAAUGCUGAAAAACGGCAACCACAAAACAGAAGGCAAAAUAAUUUGGACGAUCAUCCCACAACAUCAUCAAAUGCUCUCAAACGGAUGAGAAUGGAUGAGGGUAAGGAAGUACUCAAACAAGGAAAAAAAGCUAAGAUUAGCGAAAAUACAAAUGAUUUAAAAUUAGAACUUUUAUGUCCUACUUGUGGUGAUAAAUAUCUUGCAUCAAGGGAACGUCAACAUAUAUUGACCGAUAAGCAUAAAAAUGCAUCAGCCAGAGAAGUAAAAAAUAAUGAAAACAUAAUUCUUCUUAACUCUCAAACUGUUUUUCCUGUUAAAUCAUAUCGAAUCAAUAGUACAGUCCAAAACACUAUUGAUUUAAAAGAUUUUUAUCAGCUUUGCCAAAAAAAUAUAAUUGAAAUUAUAAAGCAUUGCAUGAUAGAAUAUAGAGCCAUUAAAUUCAACCUAAGAGUUUAUGGUACCUAUAUUAAACAAACAGACGAAGGAGUUACUGUUGAAACAACAAAACAUUUUGGGACAUCUUAUAAAUCUGUAUACCAAAAUGAAAGCAUUAUCGAUGAACUUAAUAUGGCAGUAGAUAGCUUACUAGCAUCGAGCAGUGAGUUUCAAGAAAAAGACUCUGGUUGGGCAAUAAAAAAUUUCAAUUAUUUUGAAAUUACUAUAAUAAAGCUAGAAAACAUUCCUGCUAGCGGAUACAUUCAGGCCCCGAAGAAUAUAAGAGCCCGAAAUGCACUUAUAAACGUACAGAAUACUGACGUAUUUUGUUUCAAAUGGUGCAUACUGGCAUUCAUAGCUAACAAAACUCAUGAGAGUGCUACCUUUAUAACAGCAAAGCAAAAAAAGUAUUCACGAGAGAAAAUGACAAAGCCCACAACUUACCACAUUAAUAUUAAUAAUGAAAUAAUUGUAUACGACGGAAUAAGAUUGGAUUUUUCAGGAAUCGAGUUUCCAAUAACGAAUAAAGGGAUUAUCCAUUUCGAGAAAAAUAAUAAAGACUUCAGUAUAAAUGUUUAUGAGAUCGACGCUGAUGGUGAUAAAAUUAUCGGCCCAACGUUUAGAACCAAAUGUAUUCAAACCAACCACAUCAAUAUAUUGGGAAUAAAUAACGUAAACCAGGACAGUAUGCAUUACGCUUACAUUACAAGUGUAAAAAGAUUAUGCUACUCACAGCAUUCCAAGGCAAAAUCAGGAGGAUAUUUUUGUGAUAACUGUCUACAGUUUUUCACAGUUAAUAAUACUACCCACAACAAACUUGAAUGCGGAAAAGUGGCCUCGUUUUACCCUGAACCAAACACUACAACUUCAUUCAAGGGCUUUCAUAAAAAAUUAUCUCCUCCGGUGGUGAUAUAUGCCGAUAUUGAGGCUGUUCUUGAAAACUAUAGAACAUGCCUAAAUUCGUCUUCAACAUCGUCAACAACAAAAGUGCAGAAGCAUACUGCAUGUGCCGUAUCAUUUUAUAUAGCACAUAAAUAUAAUCCGGAUCUUAACGAAUUGUGGACAUAUGAAGCUUGUUUUACAUGUACUGGUCGACCCCCAAAAACCCGAUUGCUAGCACAAUCCAUGAACAGGAAGGAAAUUGCUGUGCCUGUGAAAAGGAAAUAAACGCUGACGAUCUGGACAAAUAUUUUGAUCAAUUUUCUGGAAAAUACAUGGGUCCCAUUCAUAAAAAUUGUAAGCCAAAGUACAAAUUAAGUGAUCCCUUCUUUCCUGUAGUAUUUCAUAACUUAUCUAAAUAUGACAUACAUUUAUUCAUUACUGAAUUAGAAGGAGACUUAAGCCCUAUACCCUGUAAUAAAGAGCUUUAUAUAGCGCUAACGCAGACAAUUAAAAUAAAUGCAUCAAAUAGAUAUAAAAUAAGAUAUAUCGAUUCGAUUAGAUUUUUAAAUUCUAGUUUAGAAAAACUAUCAAGCUACAUGGAGGACAAAGAUUUUAAAAUUCUAAGUACUAAAUUUCAGGGAGAAAAAUUUAAGCAAAUGCGUAGGAAGGGUGUC